AUGAAUGUCAACACCGCCAUAGCAAGGAAGGCCGUCCCUGGGUCUGAAGAAGCAUAUACUGUGUAUCAACUCUGCGAACGUAAUAACACCAAUGCUCUAUCACAGAAGUUCGCCUCAGAUUUAGCCCAAACAGCCACCGCUAUGAAAGAGACAACCAUUACUGCAGCAAGGUUUGCAACGGGACAAGCUAGAAUGGUCGGAAGUUCACUUGUCAGCCGUAAGAAGCUGGGGAAAGCAUCUAGGAGAAUAGCCAUGCAUACAGGCGCUCUAAGCAUGAAGACUGGACAUGCAGUCAAGGGGCAAAUAUCAGCCAUAAAGGGAUGCCAUUUAUUACCUUUGUAUGGCUACGCGCAGCCUCCCAUUCCGACCGAGGCCCAUGCAGAUGAUUCCUCACAACAGCAUAGUGAUCGAUUUCGGUCUCAAUCGCUCACGCCCAAUAACCAGACAUUAAGCCAACCCACACCCUCCGUCCAAGGACCGGCGGCUGACGACUUGACAAAUCAGGCCACGGCAGCACCAAGACCAACAGUCAAUCCACCACUGUUCGAGAUAAACCUUCUCGAUCCAAUACCAAUACACCCGUACUACCGAAUGCGGGUCAGCCUUUAUCUUCAGGCACUGGACAGCAAUCAGAUCCACUAA